AUGUCAAGUGUAGAAAAUAAUGCAAAAGAUCAAGCAAAUGAUUAUAUUAAAUCUCUGGGUAUUGAUGUUGAAAAAUUAGUGACAGAUUUGAUUCAAUUACCUGAAUUGGCUACCGGGUUAGCAGGUAUUGUAAAAAAAAGUCUAAUUCCACUAUUUGAACGGGUGUCGAGUUUGGAAAACGACGUGCAUGAGCUUAGAAUGGAGAAUAACCGUCUUCAGCAAUAUGACAGACGAACAAACCUCAGAUUUUUUGGAAUUAAAGAAGGCGCCAGUGGCGAAUCUACAGAUCAAAUAAUUAUUCAGCUAGCUAAAGAUAUUGGUGUCGAUAUUUCCCAGCACGAUAUUAGUGUAAGCCAUCGUAGAGAACGGCAAAAAAACGAACAGAACACAAAACCACGUGGAAUAAUCGUUCGUUUUGUACAUUAUCGGAUGGAUAUUAGAACUGAAAUACGUUACUUAUCUACUGUGAAUAAGCUAGCUAAUGGCGGUUUAGAAUUGUAUAAAUACACUUGUGAUAAAAUUGAUCCUAAUUUGGUUAAGAUUAAUGAAAGGCAUCGGGCCGAAGAACUUAGAGUACUCAUUUUAAAUACUAAUAGUAUAUUGGCUAAAAUAGCCCCUGACGAUAAAGCUUCCAGCUUAACUAAGUUUGAUCUAUUACAAUCUUACAUGCUCUCAAAUAAACCCAUAGCUGUUGCAGUUUGGGAAACUUGGCUAAGCCCAUCUACAAGUGACAAUGUGUUAACUAUAUCCGGCUAUCAGGUCCCGUUUCGUAAAGAUAGGCCAUCACAUGCUGGAGGAGUUAUGGUUUAUGUUCGGAAUGGUAUUAAGGUGGUCAGACACCACAAUUUAGAAGAUCCAGUUGCUGAGACGUGUUUUUUAACGCUUCAUCUUCCAGCUGGUAAGUCAAUCCUGUUUGGAGCAUGUUAUAAAUCUAAAUUACAAAUUGAUACGGACGUUUUUACUGAUCAUUUGUCCGAUGUACUGCAGAAGGUGCGCCUUGAUUCCAAAUUACCGCAUGACUCGAUCGCAUUAGUGGGGGAUUUUAAUGCUCACUGUUAUGUAUGGCUUGACCCCGAUUACUUGCGUGAACUUAUUCCUCAGUGCAAGCCACGUUACGCUACACGUAAUCAGAAUAAAAUUCCUGCUAUUCGUAAAGAUUUCCUAUCGACAGUCCUUGUCGAUACAAAAGCUCAGUGCCAACAACAACAUGUCAGUGUAACGUUACCAACAUCAGAGUUGACGCAGGUAUAUAAAAUUGCUACAUGGUUCUGUUAUAAAGAGGGCUCAACUAAUUUUAAUAAUAAAAUUGUUCAUUUAACUAUUCAUGGUCUGACAUAUGAUCAUAUAUAUUGGAAUUUUCCCUACGAAUCGUCAACUUAUUCUUACAUUGACUACGUUAUUAAUAAGAGCAAUGGUAAUAUUGUUGUACUGAAUUUUGAUCGUAUUGGUAUUGGCCUUAGUUCUCAUCCUCCGACAUACGAUGUAACUAUUGAUUUGAAUGCCAAUGUCGUUUAUCAGUUAACAGAGAAACUACAUAAUGGUCAUUUUCAAGGUACAAAAUUCACUAACAUUAUACUUGUUGGACAUUCUCUAGGCACAUUAAUUUCAUGGACAACAGCAUCAUCAGAUUUUGCAUAUAAUCAAUAUGUCAAUGGUUUAAUAUCAACUGGUUGGUUACAUACAUUUAGUUCUAUGGGAGCGAUAAGUGUUAUUUCAUCAAUGUAUCCGGUACAAUUAGAUCCAAAAUUUAUGCAACAAAAUUUACCACUAGGUUACUUAACUACACAUCCUCAUAGUAGACCACGUCAGGCUUUGUUUUAUAAUAUCAAUAAUACUAAUAUCGAAACUGUUCAUCAAGACGAACAAUUAAAAGAAACAGGAACAUUGGGUGAAUUACUUACGUAUCAAUCCGCCAAUGAUCCAUUAAUUACAUUAAAGAUACCCAAGACUAUUCCAAUUCUGAUUGUUAUUGGGCAAUAUGAUCAGUGUUUCUGUAAUGUCACCUUAACGUGCGACAAUUCAUUGAUAAUUCAAGAACGCGAACAAGAGAAUUUUGUGUCAUCGAUAGAGACGUAUAUUUUACAGGAAGCAGGUCAUAGCAUUAAUUUACAUUUAAAUUCGCGUAAUUGGUAUCAAAUAGCAUCAGACUGGACACAAAAAUAUUUUCAUACUAAACACGAAUUGUGA